AUGAUUGGAGGACCAGGAUUUCACCGACAUCUCCAGAAAUCUGAAAACGAGAUCUUCGUGACCAGUCUCUACGAAAUAGAUCGAAUUAUCGAAGAGAAGCAACGCUUACCGGAGCAAGAGAAGCUAGCGGAGGAACAGACGAUCAGAGCCACGAUUCUAACCGAGUACCUAGAGUACGUUGACUCGGCCGAAGAACUUGAAGCGGCGAAGCAAUAUAUUGUGGACAACCUUCACAAAGGCUUCCUUGUACCGAGUACGGCUCCUUUUGCGUCGCCAAUCCUAAUAGCCCGAAAGCCUAGAGGAGGGCUAAGAUUCUGCGUCGACUAUCGCAAGUUGAAUGCUCUUACGAAGAAAGAUCGAUAUCCAUUGCCGUUGAUCGAUGAAUUGUUACAACGAGUCAACAAAGCGAAGUUUUUUACAAAGCUCGAUAUUCGCCAAGGUUUCCAUCGAAUUCGCAUGGCUAUCGAUUCCGAGGAUCUUACCACGUUUAGAUCUAGAUACGGAUCAUUUAAGUACAAAGUGAUGCCCUUUGGGCUGACCAACGGACCCGCGAUAUUCCAGCGUUACAUUAACACUACGCUCGGCGAAUACCUUGAUGACUUUACAACUACCUACGUGGAUAAUAUCCUGAUUUACUCGGAGAGCUACGAAGAUCAUCAACCUUCGGAUUCCGUCCCCACACCGGAGACCUACGAUACUCAAGAACAAGCCGAUAAAUUACAAGAAAUUUGGAAGACAGCACGCGAACAGGCCUCGAAGGCACAGGAAAAUCAGAAGAAGCAAGCUGACAAGCACCGGCGAGAAGUGGAUUUCAUAGUCGGCGACCAAGUCCUCGUUACAACAAAGAAUUGGCAGAUUGGACGACCUAGUAGGAAGCUAGCAGACUUAGCAAGCGGCCCGUAUGAGAUCAUAGAGAAGGUCGGGCAUGCGUAUCGCCUAAAGCUUCCCGACAAUAUCAAAGUGCAUCCGAUUUUCAAUCCUAGCAAGCUCCGGCUAGCUAGCAAGACACCUCCAUUGACUAGGCAGAUUCUCGAUCCGCCAUCGCCAGAGAUCAUCGAGGAAUCACAGGAAUGGGAAGUUGAAGAGAUCCUCGCAUCAAGGAUCUACUACGGCAAGCUACAGUACAGAGUGAAAUAG